AUUCGUUGCUGCCCCACCGAUUGAUGUGAAAAUUUUUAAUAAAUUUUACAAAUGUGUUAAUAAUGUGAUAAUAAAAGACAAAACAUUUCCCAAGUACAAUAUUUGAAGCCUGAUACUUUAUUAUUGUAAAUGAAAUUCGCAUUUGCACACAACGGUGAAAAUUUUUGCGAUGCACUUCUAUCGUUGAUCGCUAAAUAGCUUUCGAUUCGGUUUUCGCACGUCCUAUAAUAAACAAUUGAGGGUUUUUGUGUUAUUACAAAACUCCAGAAGUGGAAACGACGUUUGCAGUGUGGGGAAAAAAUAGUGUCAAAUUGUGUGGUGCAGUGCAGUGGUGAUAAUCGUUAUGUAUCAGUAAGGCGACUGUCGCCAAUCCAGGGUCUCAGGGUGUCAUGUUGGAGACGCGGUCGGUGCGCGCCGCAGACUCGGUGUGGGCGAACAAGCCGCUGCCGGCGCCUCACGCCAUGGCCAACUCGAGGCAUGGAAAGAGUGCUCAGGACGACGUCUGCUACGUGGUUGCGAAGUACGACUACGCGGCGCAAGGUGCGCAAGAGUUGGAUCUUAGAAAGAACGAACGGUAUCUGCUCCUCGACGACUCGAAGCACUGGUGGCGCGUGCAGAACGCGCGCAGCCAGUCCGGCUAUGUGCCCAGCAAUUAUGUUAAGAAGGAGAAACCAUCUCUGUUUGAUAGCAUCAAAAAGAAAGUGAAAAAGGGCUCGGGCUCCAAGACACUGCCCUCCAGCGGUUCCCCCGUGCGCGGCGGCUGUGGCGGCGGGGCGGAGUCUCCGGGCGGCCGCCGCGUGGAGCCCACCGAAGCCCUGGGCACGGCUGUAGUCAAGUAUAAUUAUCAAGCGCAGCAACCAGACGAGUUGUCACUCACCAAAGGCACGAGGAUACUGAUAUUGGAGAAGAGUAAUGAUGGAUGGUGGAGGGGACAGUACCAAGGACAUACUGGAUGGUUUCCCUCGAAUUACACGAGUGAGGAAGGUGAUGGUGAAGACACAGUUCACACUUAUGCUAUGGCGGAAAAUGUCCUAGAUAUUGUUGUGGCGCUGUACUCGUUCACGUCGAACAACGAGCAGGAGCUGUCGUUCGAGAAGGGCGACCGGCUGGAGAUCAUCGAGCGGCCGCCGUCCGACCCGGAGUGGUACCGCGCGCGCGACAACCGCGGCCACGUCGGCCUCGUGCCCAGGAACUACCUGCAGGAGCUCGCCGACUACCUCGCGCAGCCGUAUAGUGAAGCGAACGAAGGGGGUUCGCGCGCGGCGGGCGUGGCGGGCGCGGCGGGCGGCGCGGGGGCGGCGGGCGCGGGCGCGGCGGGCGCGGGGCCCGGCUCGCGCGCCUGGUACUACGGCGCCAUCACGCGCACGCACUGCGACGCGCUGCUCAACCAGCACGGCCACGACGGCGACUUCCUCAUACGCGACUCGGAGACCAACGUGGGCGAUUACUCAGUGUCGCUGAAAGCGCCGGGUCGCAACAAACAUUUCCGCGUGCACGUCGAAGGCAGCCUGUACUGCAUCGGUCAGCGGAAGUUCCCGACCCUCGAGCAGCUGGUGGCCCACUACCAGCGCGCGCCCAUAUACACGAACAAGCAGGGCGAGAAGCUGUACUUGGUGCGCCCCCUACCACGCGCCUCGCAGAACUGCUGAGAUCCUGUCGCUUUAUCGGACGUCUUGGUGUACAUUGCAAGUUUAACGUACAGCGUAUCGUCCAGACGGCUAGCAGUGUACGCCGAACCGUGCGCGGGAGGCGGAGCUGUCGUAUGACGUCACGCGUUCGCCUGCCGAGGCGAUCGGUGGGUGGGUGACGUCACGCGUACAGUUUCAAAAUUGGAACGCGCCGGGGGACACGUCCGUUCGCCUCAACGUUCUUGGGCGCACUGAAGAGAGCAGGUGCAUAAUUACUGCGACUGGUCCCGACUCGAGUAUACUCUACCCUUGUCUAGUUUUAAAUUCGAAACUGCUCCGUGUGACGUCACUCGUUCUGACACAUGACGCGAUCUGUGUGACGUCAUAUACGUUGCACCUUUUUAUACGUGUGACUAGAUGAAAUACACAUUUCUAAUUUCUGGCUGCUUUAACGUGUUACGCGUGCCCAAGGCAAGAGGAAAAAAAUUAUAAGGUUUAAAGAACACUCAGCAGGGACGUUUUCUGUUUUAUACAAAACAUUAGUAAAAUAUAACUCUCACUAUAAAUACUCUUAAUUCACGAUUAACGUAAUUUAACGUAAAAGUGUAUUAUUCAUCAGAAAACAUUGAUAAAAAUAUAAAUAGAGGGCAGGUUAAUAAAUUUCCCAUGUCCGCACAUUUCAUUUUUGUCCUCUAGUCUUAUUCAUGAAUGAAAAGAAAGUCAAAUGAAAAUAAAAAUAAAAAUUAAUAGAUAAAUAAUAAAAUGUAUUUUGUUCUUAAAUAAAUUUGACGUUGACAGGUUACCACAUAAUGUUAGGAAAUGUUGAAAUACUUUCACCGUAUGUAUACCAUACCGUUUUUGUUAAAUACCCUACAAAAAUCAACAGAAUUAGCUAUGGUUAAAAUUAUACCAGAUUUUUUUAUGACGCAUUGUUUAUAUACUUCAUAUAAAAUAAUUCACACAUAUAAUGGCCUUAUAAAAGUAUUAUAGCCAUAUAACAAAUUUUUGUCUCUUUCUAAUCGUAUGUCAGAGUGAGAUAGCAUGGUAUGGAGUCUGAAUGGAUGGUAUUUGAAGUAUUUUUUUUUUAUUUAUUUCAAUCUAUGAGAUUUAUUCUUUACCAGUGUUCGCCAUUUAUUAUCAGAAACUAUUGUCAAUUUGUCAUUCUUUCCUACAGUAUUGCAGUUUUUAAAUUAUUUGGCAUGUAAAGAAAAUAAUAUUUAUAUUAUUAUAAUAUAAUAGUAGGGUCGCGUGAUGUGUCUAUAGAAACGAUGAUUGAAUAUAUAUCUAGUUAAAUUCUAGACGAAAUUUACCUAAUAUUGUACGACAUUAACUAUGUUGCUAUGAUUUACUCAAUGUUAUGAUGACAUGAUUUAUGUCUAGACAUUGUUUGAAUUGAAAUUUAUAUUAACAUUUUUGUGCAUCAUAUGUGAUUAACAAAUGGAAUACAUAUAUAUUUAACUAUAAAAUACUGAAAAGUAAAGCGGUUAGUUGCAGUUGAAAUUGGUUUAGUUAUAACAUAAUAGAAGAACAACCAAGAAUAAAUUUAAGAUUUUAUUCAUAAUAAUCUAAAAUGUUAUAAAAUGUAUGCAUAGGUUGUUAACGCUCCAGAAUGGCAGUACCAAAGUCAGGCAAUUGCCUUCCUCGUAUCUACGAACGAGCGAGAUGUAAUCUGUUUUAUGUAUGAGAGUGAAAGAGCGCGGCUUACAAGCUGUCAUUGCCAUAUUAAUAUACAAUAUUGUUUGUGUAGUGUGAUUCAUUGGUCACGUUUUAUCGGACACAUCACCAGCACCUAAGUAUUACUUAAAAUCUAGCCGACGUUGAUACAACGUCCACUAUAUAAUGACUAACACACCAAAAAUUGGCUUCAGCAUUCUCUAUAUAAUUAUAAUAUAUUAGGUAAGCAAUUUCUAUAUCAUAGUAUAAUAUGAUAGGUCCUCAGUAAUUAAUGUAGUGUAAUUUUAGUUUAGAUGUGUAAGUAAUUACGUUUUAUGUAAUUCGGACAGAGGGCGCUGCGUGAGUCGGGAGUUUCGUGUUUUAUCGUAAAACUUGACUCGCAGUGUUUUAGGACGGGUUAUGCACGAACGAUUACUAUUUUUCUUGGUGGUUGUUCCUUAUGUGACCGCAUAAUAAUUGUGGUGUACGAUUCGAAACUGUUUUUGGAGUUUGUUUUUUUUUUAAAAAAAGUAAAAAAAAUGUAGUUCUUUUUAUGUGGGUGUUUUUAAUGGAACGCGACAUAGAUAUGAAUUUUAACAUUAAUGGGUAAUUUUUCAAUGUAUCUAAUAAUUUGUAGAUUAAAUUAAUAAAUAAAAUAUUAAAUUUUGAUUAUACUAUCAAAGACGUUGUCUUCUUGUUGUCCUUAUGAUAAUCAGACAGAUUCAGGCAGAUUCUGGCAGGUCUGUGAUAGCAAAAUUUAUUGUGUAUUGUCUUUGAUAAGAAGGUUUAAAGAUCUAAAAUUUAGUCGUUCGUGUGUAACCGGCCCUAUCGUUAAGCUUGUCGUAAUGUACAUGUUAUAUAAUUAUACAUAUGUACGUGUAUAUUUGCAUAUAUUGUGAUGUUCGGCCAUUAAGUUAAUGUAAGUCACUAUCAGGGGACGUGUCGGCGGAGGGGGAGAGGGGGGGGAUACGGUGUGGCGUGUUUUAUAUUUGACAAUGCAUUGAGAGGAUUGCAAACAUUAUUGCUUUGUAUACUAGUGAGAUAUUGUCAAAUGUGAAUGUGUUGCCUUGCACAAUUUACACUUAAAUUUACGACUAAUAAGUCUGAAUUUGUAUUAAUGUGUGGUUGUUACAACGAAUUAGGUAUCCCGGCGUGUAGGAUGGGAUGAGUGAGUUUUAACAAUGUUCAACAUUUUUAAUGUAGAGAAAUUAAUGAACAAUGAAUAAAUAGUAGGAGUUAAAUAACGUAAUACUAGCUGUCCGCUCCGACUUUGCCCGUAGUGCAUACAAAAGCCUAGAAUUUUUGAAAUCGGUCCAGCAGCUUUUACAUUAAAACGUUACAGACAUACAAAAAUACAAAAGUUUCCUAUUUAGUGUAGAAAAUAAUGGUUUAAUAUUGUUAAAAUUCGCUUCGGGUCGGAAUCUCAAACGGUAUCCAUUGACGUGACUGUCGCUAGUCAAUACGCGAACAUCACACGCUUUGCCUACACUAUAAUAUAAAUGAAUACUACUAGACAACCAGCUUUGGCAACUGGUCUAAGGUAUACUGCUAUGAGAUAACAUAUGAAUAUUAUAACAACUAAAAAGCGUUUCUUUUUAUCCGUACUA